AUGGACGGCAGCGAGGCGCGGCGCGGACUCCAGACGCCGCUGCGUGGUAUGUCGACGCCCAUGAAGACGCCGAUGCGUACGCCGCUGCGUCAGACGAUGGAUCAGACAUCGUCGACGCCCAUCACUCCGUUUGACACGAUCGAGAAGCAGAAGGAGAAUGUACAGCCCCGCGCACGGGGCCGCUCGGCGCAUGCGCUGAGCACCACCUUUAGCAUGCAGCACAAGGAGCGCCAGGAGCUCCUGCAGCAGCAGCGCAACGAGCACGAGAGUGCCGUAACAAGCGCGGACAAUGCCGAGUCGGACGACCCGCUCGAGGCGUGGUGCGCGUACGUGAAGUGGUGCAUCGACAACUACCCGUCGGGCAAGUCGUCCGAAAGCGGCGUCGUGCCGCUCCUCGAGCGCGCGACACGCACGUUCAAGGGAAAUGAGCAGUAUACGAAUGACAGCAGGUACCUGCGCCUCUGGAUUCUGUACGCUCAGCACACCGACGUGCCCCGCGACGUGUUCCAGUUCCUGCUCGCCAACGAGAUCGGGACGCGCCUCGCGGCGCUGUACGAAGAGCUUGCCGUCGUGCUCGAGGGGCAGGGCGUGUACGACGAGGCGGAUGCGACCUACAAGAUGGGCAUCGCACGCCGCGCCACGCCGCUCGACCGCCUCAAGCGGCGGUACAACGAGUACCAAGAGCGCAUCAUGGCGCUCCCAGAGUCGUCCGCAGGCGACACACCGACCUAUGCCAAGGCACUCGCACAAGCUAUGGCACGCGCGGGACGCAGCGUGCUCGGCACCAAGACGGGGCGCGGGGAAAGCAAGCCGACGAAUGUGCUCGGCGGCCACCAGCCGCUCUCGAGCGCCGCGCGCCCGAAUGCACGCACCAUGAACGUAUACCGCGACGAGAACGGCGACGAGCAGCAGAGCACGCAGACGGGUCACUGGGACGAGCUGGAGAGCGACGCACAGCGCAAGAAGGAAAACAACGACGCACGCCGCUCGCUCAAGCCAAUGCACGCCAUGACGCCGCGCACACAAGCGCGGGCACUCGAGGUGUUUUGCGAUUCGGACGAGGACCAGAGCCCGGAGCGCCGCACGCCGCGCCGCGACGACGUCUUUCGCCGCUCGGGCACGAGCGAGACGGACAAGCUAAAGAAGUCGCCGUUUUUGUACUAUGAACAGCAGGAGCUCGCCAAGGCCACAGAGGCGCCCACGCCCAAGGCGGAGCCGUCCAAGCCCAGGGCCGACCCCAAGGUAGCCAAGUCUCACCGCACCAAGCCCCGCCCGGCAGCUAAGCCCACCAACGAGCGGCACAUUGCGCCGCUCGCCGAAAUGUACCCCGGCGCAGACAUUGCCGCGUGCCUCGCUGAAAAGCACCGCCCGAUCCGCGCGACACACGAACUGUGCUAUGAGGAGCUGCAGGCGCUCCGCCGUGCUCCGCACGUCCUUGGCCGUGCCGAUCCUUUUGCUGCGCUCGACGCUCAACAGGGGCGCUGGCUGCCGGAGAUCCAGGCACGCCCACGGCCGCCAAGCCCGACGAUCGUGACCAAGGCGAUGCAGGUCGAGGUGAACGGCAUGUUUGGCGGCGAUAGCGACAGCGAGGAGGAUGCGUCGGACGAAUCAUCGGACGCGUCGGAAGAGGACGUGCGCCCGAUCGUGCGUCACACAAACGACGAGAACGGAGGCGUGCAGCCGACGCCGCAGCGUACGCCGUUUGGCACGCGGCGCACACCGUUUGGCGCGACGCCGCAGCGCACGCCGCUCGGUGCAGCCAAGGCGCCUGCCGCCGUCGCUGCGAUCUACCAGGACGAAGACGAGGAGGAGGACGAGGCGCGCGCGGAAUUCGAGGGCGCACGCGUGCCGUUCCAGCCGCUCACGCCGAUUACGGAGCGCACGGAGCGCACCGAGUUUUCGCGGUACACCGCCGGAACGCCGCGCGACGUCUCGUUUGAGGAGCGUGCGCAGGCCAACGACGAGCAGAACGAGGAAUAUGCCCGAGGCGACGCUGCGCCUGAAGCCGAUGACGCUGCGCCGGAAGCCGGCCUCGACGCUGCUGCCUCCCCCACGGAGCCGACCGGCGGCCUUGCCGCGCCUACGUCGACGCUCCAGCUCCCCAACCCCUGCUCUCCUGCCGACCCCGAGAUUGUUGCGACGCUGCUCAACAACCUACGCGUCCCCGUUUCCUCGCGUGUCGGCUACGUGGAUCUGCACGACGAGCCAUCGACGUACCUUGCCGAUCUGCAACGCAAGAUCAAGACACAUGCGCGCCGCUCGGUGAGUGGCAUGCAGGCGUCGAGCGCGGUGUGCAACCUGUCGGUCGCAUCGAUGGACCUUGCGAUCCACCAAAAGAUCGGCGAAGGAGGCUACGGCGCCGUGUUCCUCGCGCAGGACGCGAACCAGAGCAUCCCCCUCGCCGGCGACGCCGAGGCGCGCUACGACGAAAUCGAUCUCGACGAUGUCGACGAGAUCGAGCGCCGCGAGCUUGUUGCGCUCAAGGUCGAGCGCCCCGCGAACCCCUGGGAGUUUUAUGUGCUGGACGAGCUGCGUGAGCGUCUGCCCGCGUCGCUGCGUGCGUCGGUGGUCGGCGCGCGUCGGUACGUUGCGUGUGGCGGCGAGUCGAUGCUCCUCCUCGAGUACGGCUCGCGCGGCACGCUCCUCGAGCUCGUGAACCAGGCAAGUGCGGCUGGUGUCGCCCCCCCCGCGAGCGCCGGCAGUGCCGGCGGCGUGGAAGAGGUGCUUGCGAUGUUCUUUGUGAUUGAUUUGCUGCGUACCAUCGAAGGACUGCACGAUGCGCAGAUGCUGCACGGCGACCUCAAGAUCGACAACUGCAUGGUGCGCUCUGCCCCCAGCGACGGCGCGUGGCCGAGUGCGUACGACGCGUCGAAUGCCGCGUGGCGUGGCCAAGGCGUGAUGCUGAUCGACUUUGGGCGUGCGGUUGAUCUGCGGUGCUACCCUCCCGAGCAGACCUUUUUGGCGGACUGGCAGCCCGGCGUGCAGGACUGUGUCGAGAUGCGCGAGAUGCGGCCGUGGACCUACCAAGCAGACUACUAUGGCCUGGCGUCGAUUGCGUACUGCCUGCUCUUUGGCAAGUACAUGGAGACGACUUCGUUUGUGGGCGAUGACGGCCGCAAGACGUACAAGAUCCAGCAGCCGCUGCGGCGCUACUGGCAGACGGAGCUCUGGACGCGCUUUUUCCACCUGAUGCUCAACCCCCGGCACCACGGCGAGCUCCCCGUGACCGGCGCGCUUGCGUCGCUGCGCGAGGAGAUGGAAACAACCUCAAAGGCCUGCUGA